UCCUUUCCCUGUUUCGCCCGCCCCAAACUCUCAACACCAGCACUGGCCACGCCAUUGCUCACGCUCCUUCUCUGCGCGUGCCAUAUCCUCGCCUUCUCUUCCUCUCCCCUCUACUUCGCCCGCCCCCGCCCAUCCUGCUCCGGUCCGCCCGAUUCGUGAUUCCUCUCUUCCGGUCCCGCCUUCAAGUUCUCGACGGCUCAAACCGAAGCCCAUAAGCAAGGAGACUCAAUGAGAUGAGUUUUGCAGCUGAUUCCCCGGUACACUCCUCCAGCAGCGAUGAUUUUGCUGCAUUGAUCGACGCAGAGCUUGAAGUCGGUUCUUCAGGUUCCUCCUCUGAUGAAGGAGGAGUUGAUGCUGAUAAUGAUGAUGAUGAUGAAAACAACGAGGAGAACAAGGAAGAUGAGGAUGAGGAGGAUGGAGAUGAAGAGCUUAAUGGUCAUCGAAAUUUAACUUGCAGGAAGAAAAGGUGCAAGAUCGAGAAGUUGGAAGCCCAAGAAGAACUUCGAGGGUCAACCUCUCAGGGUUUCAUAGAAGAAAAGUUAGAGAUACCUUUGAAGAAGGAUACAUGUACACAUCCUGGUUCGUUUGGACAAAUGUGUAUCCGUUGCGGGCAAAGGGUGGAUGAUGAAUCCGGUGUAACAUUUGGUUAUAUACAUAAGGGUUUAAGGCUCGGUAAUGAUGAAAUUGUUAGAUUACGCAGCACAGACAUGAAAAAUUUGUUACAUCAUAAGAAGCUUUACUUGGUUCUUGAUUUAGAUCACACACUGCUAAAUUCUACUCUACUCAAUCACCUAACAUCUGAGGAAGAAUAUUUAAAGGCCCAAUCUGAUUCUCUUCAAGAUGUUUCAAAAGGCAGCCUCUUCAUGUUGGAUUUUAUGCAUAUGAUGACCAAACUGAGGCCUUUUGUUCGAACCUUUCUCAAAGAAGCAAGUGAAAUGUUUGAGAUGUACAUUUAUACAAUGGGGGACAGACCCUAUGCAUUAGAAAUGGCUAAACUGCUUGAUCCCAAAAAAGAAUACUUCAGUGGCCGAGUUAUUUCACGAGAUGAUGGCACCCAGAAGCAUCAGAAGGGCCUUGAUGUGGUACUAGGGCAAGACAGUGCUGUUGUGAUCCUUGACGAUACCGAAAACGCAUGGACUAAGCAUAAAGACAAUCUGAUACUGAUGGAGAGAUAUCAUUUCUUUGCUUCGAGUUGUCAUCAAUUCGGCUUCAAUUGCAAGUCUCUUUCGCAGUUGAAGAGCGACGAAAGCGACCCCGAUGGAGCACUUGCUUCUGUUAUUAAAGUACUCCGACAAGUCCACCAUAUUUUCUUCAAUGAACUCGAUUCCAAUCUUGCUAGUCGAGAUGUUAGGCAGGUUUUGAAGACGGUUCGGAGGGAAGUGCUGAAGGAUUGUAAAAUUAUUUUCAGCCGCGUCUUUCCCACGAAGUUCCAGGCAGAGAAUCAUCUUCUGUGGAAGAUGGCGGAGCAGCUGGGAGCUACAUGCUCGACCGAAACCGAUUCUUCAGUGACACAUGUCGUUUCAACGGAUGCUGGAACGGAGAAGUCCCGUUGGGCGGUGAAAGAGAACAAGUUUUUGGUCCAUCCCCGGUGGAUCGAAGCUGCGAAUUUCUUGUGGCAGAAACACCCUGAAGAGAAUUUUCCGGUCAGCGAAACAAAGAAUCAAUGACACCAUCUUUUCAUGUAGUUUUAUCUUUAGACCACGGUUGAUGAAUGACCAUAUUUUAAUGUACACAUUAAAAGCUUCUACGUUUGGUUUGGAAGGAUUCUUAACACUUCUUUUGCAGAUUAAA